CUGCUGUGGUGCCCAUGGUCGGAACACAGAGUUUAUACCGGAAAGUUAUGGUGUGGUGAGGCACCACCGGUACGGCUACACUGCACAUCGCCACGUAUUUGAACACUUCAGCAAGCAACAACAACAAAAACGGCCAUUAAAUCCAAGGGAAAAGAAGUCACAUGGCACGCGUCAGUGCAAUAAGCUUGUCGCCCGGUUCCGGGUGAUGAUAGGAAAUGAAAUGUUCGGCACGUCGGAAAUGUCGCACCAAUCGAUCAUUAUCAUUCGAACAGGGCCACACACGCAUUGCAUAUAUUUAUAGCUUUCAAGAGAGAUUUGUUUGUUAUUUGGUGUUCUGUGGUCUUCUUCACCGUCCUCAAUCGUUUCCAUGGCAACAGUCAAGCUGCUCCGGCACGGGAACGACAAGGGGCAUUAAAUGAGGGCUAUAUAAUUUUGCACGGUGAAUACGCACUUUCGUGGGUCCAGAUUUAAAUGUAGCCACCGGUGAAGUGUGUUUAAAAGCGUGCCGUGUAUCAAAGAAAGGGCAGUUGAGUAGGCUGCUACUGUUGCUGGUGGUUAUCUGUACGCGUCACACGCGAUCAUCGCAGCGCUAUCGACGGCCAUCAGUUAUCAAUUUGUUCUCCGACGAGGUGGGUGCUGUGAUUGUUGUUUUGCAGUUGUGCGGCCUAAUAGCGAUGGAUUUCAUAACCGAGUAUACCGACGAAGAGCGGACCCGGAUUGAACAGGACUUCUCACGCCUUACCGAUAAAUGUUACCUGGACCAUGCUGGAACGGCACUGUACGGUGAGUCGCAGCUCCGCGCCAUCCAGGAGCUGCUGGCCGGUGGUCUGUUCUGUAAUCCGCACACCAGCCGCACGAUGGAAGAUUUGAUGGAUCUGGUCCGAUACCGGGUGCUGCGCUGGUUCAAUACCCGCCCAGCCGAGUACGAUGUUGUGUUUACAUCCGGUACGACCGCCAGCUUGAAGCUGCUCGGCGAAUCGUUCGGCUUUGGCGAACCGGAUAACGCGGGUGCGUUCGUGUAUCUGCGCGACAGUCAUACGUCGGUGCUGGGGAUGCGCGAAAUCGUACGCACCGAGCGCGUGCGCCCGAUCGAACGGACCGAACUGCUGCAGGUGCUCAACGAACCGGAAGCCGCCCGUCAGCGACAUCGCCCAUCGCUGCUUGUAUUUCCGGCCCAGUGUAACUUUAACGGUGUCAAGUACCCACUGGAACUGAUCGAGCUGGUGGAAAGGAGUGGGGUGCGCGGGUACGGCGAGGACGCAUUCCACGUAUGCUUGGAUGCGGCCAGUUACGUAUCGACCAGCGCACUAGAUCUUACCCGCUACCGGCCUAGCUUUGUGUGUGUUUCUUUCUACAAGAUAUUCGGCUAUCCCACCGGGCUGGGUGCGUUGUUGGUGCGCAAGGACGCCGGACGGUUGCUGCUGCCCGGCAAGCGAUACUACGGCGGCGGUACGGUGAAGAUAGCGAUGAGCGGUACGAAUGCGUUCCACGAGAAGCGAGACUCGCUGGCGGAACGGUUCGAGGAUGGUACGAUCAACUUUCUGGCGAUUGCCGCCCUGCUGCCCUGCAUGGACACGCUCGAGCGGCUUAUCCCAGGCGCAACGAUGGAGCGCAUUCAGCGCCACACGUUUCAGCUCGCGCGCCACUGCUACCGGGAGCUGCAAGCACUGCAGCACGCGAACGGGGGCCGGGUGGUGGAGCUGUACCACGAUACCGCAUUCGGGGAUCCACUUUCCCAGGGCGCCAUCGUUAACUUUAACGUGCUAAACGACGAUGGCGGUUACGUUGGAUUUGCGGAGAUUGCUUGUAUGGCCGCCAAUCACGGCAUCUACCUGCGUACCGGGUGUUUCUGCAAUCCGGGCGCCUGCCAGCGUCAUCUGCGGCUUGCCGAUAACGAUCUGCUGCGCCACUACCAGGCAGGCCAUGUGUGUGGUGACGCGAACGAUCUCAUCGACGGACAGCCGACCGGAUCGGUACGCGUUUCGUUCGGCUACUGUACGCGUACGGCCGAUGUCGCACGGUUGGUGGGCAUGAUACGACGCUGUUAUGUUCGCGCUUCACUUACCGGACCGCUGACCGUCGGUACCCUCUCGAGGGAUCAAAUUCUGGCCCAGUACAAGGGGUACGAUCGGCCCCGUUUGGUGCAGAUCUGUCUGUAUCCGGUGAAAUCCUGUGGACCGUACCGUGUUACCGGUGGGUGUUGGCCACUGUCCGCCACCGGGUUACGGUACGACCGUGCCUUUCUUAUCGUCGACGAGCAUGGGGUGGCGAUGACGCAGAAGAAACUGCCCGAAAUGUGCCGCAUCCGACCCACGGUGGAACGGGACCGUAUGACGCUGCACCACGACGAGCUCGAGGACGAGCUGGUUAUCGAUCUCGACGAAGCGGAACGAUUGGACGCAGCGCGUGAACCGAUACAACUCUGCCAGACGAAGGUGUGCCUGGACAGUGUGCAGGGCGUGGACUGUGGCGAACGGUGCGCGGAUUGGGUGAGCCGAGCGCUCGGUGUUUCCGGGUUGCGAUUGUUACGCCAAUCGGCGCAGGAAACCCGCCGGCAACGACGUACCGCACGCGAACUUUCGCUCAACAAUCAAGCCCAGCUGCUGCUAAUUAACCGCACCUCGGUGCGGUGGUUGCGCGACAAGGUGGACGAUUGGGAUGGGGCCGAGAUGCCCGCGCUCGAUUCGCUCGUCGAUCGGUUCCGGGGCAAUCUGAUCAUCGAAACGGCCCGCCCGCUGGAGGAGUCCGACUGGCAACGGGUACGGAUAGGGGCGAGUGGAUUUAGCGUCGACGGUCCCUGUACCCGGUGUCAAAUGAUCUGUAUCGAUCAGUCGAGUGGUGUGCGUACGGCGGAACCACUGCGCACCAUCAGCCGUGAGUUUGGUGGACGCAUGCGGUUCGGCGUGUAUCUGUCGCACGACCACGGUGACGAACGGAACGGAACCGACGGAACAAACACUUUCGACGGGGAACUUCACUGUGGUGCUACGGUUUCGGGUGUAAUCGAGCUAGCAAAGGAAUAGAUUCGUACAAGGGUUGUUAGCGCAAUAACAGUAUCAUUUUGGAUGGUAUGACCACACCACAACGACGGGUUAAAAAAUAGAUGCUAAAAAAACACGACUAGCACGACGAGCGAUCUCCACGAACAAUCGACCCGGUUAACCAUACUUUUCGCGGUGAAUGUGUGUUUCGCUACUGCACCACACAGUCGGUGAUCGGUUGUUCCGCCACACGAUUCACGGGCAAACCGUCCCGUGCAUUGCGCACGUUCUGCACCACAUCCUCGUACUGAGGAAACGCUAACGAGCCCAGCUUUGAGUGCACUAGUGUGUCGUUGAUCUGCACCUCGAACGAACCACGUCUUCCCGUGCGACACACAACUUCCGCCUCCGGGAUCUGUGCCCGGAUAAUGCUUGCCAGCUCCACGCACUGUGGUUCGGAAUUGCACACAUUACUGCGGAUGUACAGGAGGGGAAGGUGAGAAUAGAGUUAAAACAUGAAUAAAAACACCAUUUACUCCCGCCCAAGCUA